AGUCCAACUCAGAGCAGAGAUGAUGGAGAGGACACCGUUACAAUGAAUGACGGCCAUCAGCAUUGACGGAUUACUCUGCAGAAGUGAUAUUAUCUUACAUUCAGCGCAAUAACACUUGGACAACUUAUCCAUUUUCAUCGGAAUAACGAUGUCAGAACUACGCAGAUUGUCAUUUUGCAUGUCCGGAAGUCUGUUUAUUCUUUCAUUCGCGAUCGUAAACUUACCAUCACCCAGUGAUCAGAUGUCUUCUCAUCGGUGCCAGCACACCGCUCAUGAUCACAUUCAUCCUGUUCAAUUCAGGAGCAAAUCACAGAGACACAGACAUCAGACCAGCUCAACACGAAUACAGAUAGAUUUAAAAGGGCCCAACGUUUGUGGGUCCAGGUGCUGCCUUUCAUGGUUAGUCAACCCCAAGACUAGACAAUGCACAAAACCAAGGUGUCAUCCUCGAUGUCAUAAUAAAGCAGUGUGUCGCUGGCCAAACAUCUGUCAGUGUCGUCCAGGCUUCCACGGCCAUCGCUGUGAACAUGCUAGUGUCACCCCAACCCUGAGCACCUGGUUAGAAGCACAGCCUGGACCCAUCACACCCUCAUCUGUAAUCAUGUUUGCAGUCACAGCAGUAACCACCACCACACCGGUGUCAGCAACCACAAACCAGAACCUCUCCAUGUCCCACUCAGAUCAAGCUUCCAGAGAUACCAGUGCAGAAGUCAGAAAGACAUACUCAUCACACUGGCAACCACUCAGUUUAAAGGAGACCCAGUCAGUCCUGUUGAAGAGAGUGCUGUCCAGUGGAACUGGCGGAGAAAAGAUCACAAGUGUUAUACUGAAAUACAUUGAAUCAGUGCGAAGCAGACUGGAGUCUUCCUCCUCGGACUCAGCAACCCAACUCUCCAGCAUAAAGACAUUCCACACUCAACAUGGCCAGUACACCCUUAUUUACACAGCAGCCAACGCUCAGCCGUCAUCCAGCCAACGUUCAUCAGGAGUGAUCCGCGGGGGUACAGAGCGAAUCAAAGUUCUCUUCACCCCAACCAUCUGCAAACUACGCUGUCCGCAGGGACGAUGCACCAACUUCUGCGAGCGUGGAAAUGUUACCACUAUCUACAACAGUGAGCAGGGAGGAGAAACACCUGGAUCUGGCUUCAGAGUGUUCUUGUGUCCGAUGUUGUGUAAGAACGGAGGUGUAUGCAAACAGAAGGAUCAAUGUCUCUGCCCGCCCAACUUCACUGGAAAGUUCUGCCACAUCCCCGUCUCCACGACCUCCUCCAAUGACAUCGAGAAACCACUGCCAAAUCCUGUCAAUUCAGCCAAUCAGCCGAUGACUUCUGAGUACAUCCUGCCUCUGCAGACUCCUGAGCAAAGCAACACCAAUGGUUCUCCUAUGGUGAAGGUAAGAGUUCAGCACCCUCCUGAAGCCAGCGUAAAAAUCCACCAGGUGCUGAAGGUGGGUUAUGGCCCCACUGUAAACGAGCACUCUGAAACUGUCACCUGGUCCGCUGGGCUUUCUGGUGUCCAACCUCGUCAGCUGCCAGGAGAAAGAGCAGAGGCCCUACCCCCACGAAUACAAGCCCAGACCAUACGCAGAGAUUCGGUCUACACGGAAUCGUCUGGCUUCAAAUACUGUUUCAGAGAUGUCCGCAAUGGACAGUGUAGUUCUCCUUUACCUGGCCUGCGGAGUCAGGAGACAUGCUGCAGAAGUGUGGGAAUGGCCUGGGGCAUCAACGAGUGCACGCUCUGCCCACCAGGCUCAGGAAAUACAGUUAAUGGACAGGGGAGCUGCCCAAAAGGCUUUGAGAGGAUCAAUGGGACGCAUUGUGUAGAUAUUAACGAGUGUUUGCAGCCGGGUUUCUGUGAGAAUGGCAAUUGUGUAAACACCCGGGGAAGCUACACUUGUAUCUGCAAAUUGGGCUACUUAUUGGACGCCUCUCAUGGAAUCUGCAUCUCACAGAAAGUGAUCUCGGAAGAGAAGGACCAGUGUUUCCGUAUCGUCAACCAGGGCUCCUGCUCACUGCCCAUCCUGAGAAACAUCACCAAACAAAUCUGCUGCUGCAGUCGAGUUGGCAAAGCCUGGGGAAAGAAGUGUGAGUUAUGUCCUCACUUUGGCUCAGCUGCCUUUAAAGAGAUCUGUCCUGCUGGACCGGGGUAUCAUUACUCUGCAUCGGCUCUCAAGUUUAACCAGAGGCUGGCCGAGACACUUGGCACCGGUGGACCGCUACUGGUUUCUGAAAAUGGCCGCACAUCCAUACUUGACAAAGGAUCCCAACCUGCAUUGCCUGACAGCUCCAGAACACACUCUACAAUCAGAGUCCAACAACCGUCAAGUCCUGAGACACGAUACCCACGACCGACCAACACACAAACUAUUAGAGUUCAACAACCUACAAGACCACAGCAACCUAAUACAGGCUCACAGUCUGGUUCAGUCAUCGUUAUAACUCAACCGAAACCAAACCUGUCAACCGACAGCGGAUCUCAAACCACUAAUGCCAGACCUCAGCAGCCUUCCAGUGUCCGUCCUGGGAAUGCCACCACAGCAACCAGCCAGCCAACCAAAGUGAUCACGCCUGUUCUCCAUAUGCAGACUAGCCGGCCCUCUGUUAACAAACAGCCAAUAUCUCCAGCCAGAGCACUUCCAGUUCCAGCUACACCCCGCCCACUUAUGCCAAGACAAGAUACACGAGUGUGUGAAUCAAGAUCUCAGGUGUGUGGGCCGGGUCGCUGUAUUGACCUGCCAGGUGGCCGACACACCUGUGUGUGCAACACUGGAUAUAUACUCAACCCUCAACAAGGCUACUGCCAAGACAUAAAUGAGUGCCUGUUAACACCCAGGCCGUGCUCUGUGGGACAGUGUGAGAAUACAGCAGGCAGUUUCCGCUGUGUGUGCCCAUCAGGAUACCAGACCAACUCACAGCAGACACAGUGUAUCGAUGUUGAUGAGUGCCGUCAGGUGCCCAAUUCCUGUAUUAACGGCCGAUGUGAAAACACACUUGGCAGCUUCAGGUGUGUGUGUAGAAUUGGAUUCGAGCUACAGGAGAACACUUGUAUAGACAAAGAUGAGUGUGUUGACCCUCUUCGGUGCAAUGACCAGGAGUGUGUGAACACUCAGGGGUCAUAUAGGUGUGUUUCCUGUAAGCCUGGCUUUGAUCUACUCAAUGGACAGUGCUCAGAUAUUGAUGAAUGUCGUCAGACACCUUCCCCCUGUUCAGAGGGCAGCUGUGAGAACACACAAGGCAGUUACAGAUGUGCCUGCCGAACCGGAUACAGACCCCAGGCCAACACCUGUGUGGAUGUGGAUGAGUGUGAUGACCCAUUGAAGUGUUCUGGUCAGGAGUGUGUGAACUCUCAGGGUUCGUACAGGUGUGAGUCGUGCAGACCUGGCUUCAGUCUUGUCAAUGGAAGAUGCUCAGAUGUUGAUGAAUGUCGCCAGACACCACCUCCUUGUUCAAACGGUCAGUGUGAGAACACACCUGGCAGCUUCAGGUGUGAGUGCAGAACUGGAUACAAGCUGCAGGGCACCACCUGCAGAGAUGUGAACGAGUGUGAAGAUCCAUCUCAAUGUCCCGGUCAGGAGUGUGUGAACUCUCAGGGAUCUUAUAGGUGUGUUUCCUGCAGGCCUGGAUUUGGCCUUAAAAACGGAGCAUGCUCAGAUAUUGAUGAGUGCCGUCAGACUCCUGCACUGUGUGCUAAUGGACGCUGUGAGAAUACCUUGGGUAGUUACAGCUGUGUGUGUCGGUCUGGAUUCAGACUGGACGGAAACCUCUGCAUAGAUGUGAACGAGUGUGAGAAUGAACAGUGCCCAGGGAAAGCGUGUGUUAACUUGGUCGGUUCAUUCAAGUGUGUCUCCUGCCAGCCGGGCUUUGAGGUUCUUAAUGGCUAUUGUCAAGACAUAGACGAAUGUAGCCAAAAUCACACACGCUGCACUAAUGGCCAAUGCAAGAACACUCCAGGCAGCUUUAGGUGUGUGUGUGAUGCAGGCUUUCGGCUUGAGGACAGCGCUUGCACAGACAUUGAUGAAUGUUUGGACCAACUGCAGUGUCCCGGUCAGCAGUGCGUCAAUUCUCCUGGCUCGUACAAGUGUGUUCCUUGCAGGGAUGGCCACAGCAUGCAGAAUGGACGCUGCACAGAUAUUGAUGAAUGUCUUAGCACUCAGAUAUGUGGGUCGCAGAGUCUGUGUGUGAACACAGAUGGGUCCUAUCGCUGUGACUGCUUACCAGGAUACCGGGCAGCUGGUGCCCGUCGCCAAUGCCGAGACAUUAACGAGUGUCUGGAAGGGGAUUUCUGUUUUCCAAGCGGUGAGUGUGUGAACACAGACGGCUCUUAUAAGUGUGUUUGCGCACAAGGCUACAAAAGCAGCAUUAAUGGGACGUCCUGCCAAGAUGUUGAUGAGUGCGCACAAGAGGGAGUUUGCCAGGAUGGCCGCUGCACCAAUACAGAAGGCUCAUUCCUGUGCCAUUGCCAAACUGGCUUUACUACCAACCCAGAGAAAACAGCCUGUCUGGAUGUAAAUGAGUGUGAGGACUCAGAAGGGGCAGUGUGUGGAUCACAACGCUGUGAGAACACCAUUGGCUCUUUCCGCUGUGUGACAUCCUGUGAGCCUGGAUACCACAUCACUGCCACGGGAGAGUGUGUGGACAUCAAUGAGUGUGCCAAUGAGACAGUGUGUGGACAGCACACCUUCUGUCAGAAUUUGAUUGGCACAUAUCAGUGUUUCUGUGACCAGGGCUACGAGUCCACAGGCGAUGGGCAGGCUUGUGUUGAUAUAAAUGAGUGUGAGACGAUGCAGGGUGUGUGUGGAUCUGCACGCUGCUGGAAUGUAGAGGGAUCUUUCACAUGCGAGUGUGAGAAUGGACUGGAGGAAUUUGAGCCGCACUCAGGGCAGUGUGUGAACAGAGUGAGCUCAGGUCAACUGGGUCAGUCUGGUGGAUCCUCAUCUUCCUCAGGUGGCCGUGGUUCUGGUGGGUCCUCUGGGUCAGGAUCUGGCUCUCUGCCACAGGCUCGGCCUGGAGAACUGAGAGAGUGUUACUACGGCAUCUCUCAGCCAUACUCAUGCAAGAUAUUGGAUCAGAACACCACACUACAGGAGUGCUGCUGUACUGUUGGACAGGGCUGGGGCCUCCUCUGCCAGUAUGAUAUCUGCCCUGAGGCCGGAACAGUGGAAUUCCAAUCAUUGUGUCCCAAUGGAAGGGGGUAUGUUACCACAGAAACGGGAGCAUUCAGCUACAAGGAUGUGGAUGAGUGUAAGCUGUUUGAUCUAGAGGUGUGUAAGGGUGGAGUGUGUGUCAACAACAUUCCUGGAUAUGCCUGUUACUGCUCCAAUGGAUUCUACUUUGAAGUAGAGCUGCUGGAGUGCAUUGAUAAUAAUGAAUGUGACAGUGAGCAUGCUUGUCCGGAUGGUACGUGUGUAAAUACACUGGGCACGUUUUACUGUACGUGUGAGCCCCCUCUAGUGUUGGAUGACACACAGCGCAACUGCAUCAAUGCAAGUGGCAAUACUGAGGAUGAAAACUUAAAUUUCUGUUGGCGUCACGUCACUGCUAGUCUGGUGUGUCAGAGUCCUUUGUUAGGAGCUCAGUUGACCUUCACUGAGUGCUGCUGUUUGUAUGGAGAGGCUUGGGGUCUACAAUGUGCUCUCUGCCCUCGCAGAGACGAAGAGGCCUUUGAGGCUCUGUGUAAUGAGCUGGGUCCUCCUCCUUACUCACCUCGGUAUUAUGAGCCAGGGCCUGGGAGAGGAGGAUACCUCCCACCUUACACCCCCCCUGAGUAUACCGAACCCCUGCCUGGACGCCCAGAUUACCUCCCUACUGACUAUGAUGACUACAGCCCUGGGGGAGCAGGUGGAAGGAGGUCUGGGCUGAGAUCCAGACCACCCACAUCAUAUGGACUACCAGACUCCCCCUACAGACGGCCAGCCGCAGGAAGUCGUUAUUAUGAGGAGGAGGAUUAUGAAACUGCCCCCGGUCCUCCUUUUGGUGUCCCGGAUCCUCGCAGUGAGCGAGCAUUUGAGGCGCGACCCCUGCCAGCCCGCCCAGAGGGACUCCCGCUAAGCUUGGCCCCCCUCCCUGAUAACUCCCCCUACAGCGAAGGUGAGGAGGAGGAGACAUGGAGAGCCCCGCCCCCAUUUCCAAUCUUUCCCGACAGACGAGAGGGGCCACAGAGAGUUUAUGAGCGAAGGUACGAACCAUAUGGAAGUCUGAGUUCAGAAGAGUGUGGCAUCCUCCAGGGUUGUGAGAAUGGUCGCUGUAUCCGUGUUGCGGAAGGUUACACCUGUGAUUGUUAUGAUGGUUAUCAGCUCGACAUCACCACAAUGAAUUGCACAGAUGUGGAUGAAUGUGAGGAGGAAGACACAAUAGACUGUAUUAAUGGUCGGUGUGUGAACACAGAAGGCUCGUACAGGUGUGUGUGUCUCAGGGGAUUCAUCAUGUCUCGAAGACCCAACCACUGCAUUCCUGCUUGAUCACACCAAAAUACACAAACACAGUAUCAUGGGAUUUACACUUUGUACACACUGAUGUAUACAAAACUGGACUUUGUACCUUCUGUCAGACAAUACUAGUGUUUUUUUGUUGUUGUUUUUUUUCUCCACCAGGUCAGUAGUGUUAUAAUAUUAUUUUUAAAUAUUUUCCCUCCACAUUGCUGUAAAUUGUGUAUUUUUUAUACUUUAUUUCCAAUAUUUGCGUGUAUAUCAAUAAGUCUAAUUCUGCAGCUUUACACAAUACACCCAUGAAAGACUCAAUACUGUUGUACUCAAUAGAAGUUAUAUGUUAACUGUAUAUGACAUGACUUUGAAUGAAUAUCUUGAUGUUUGUUGGAAUCCGAAUGCUUAUAAUUAAGAUCCGUGCAACCAUAUAAACCAAAAGUGCUUUAAAACAAAUUAUAUUGUUUACUCAGAUUUCAUAUUUAUAUAUCCAUAUCAGUGAAGGCAAUUCUUUGGAUACUAUAUACACCGAUCAGCCACAACAUUAAAACCACCUGCCUAAUAUUGUGAAGGUCCCCCUCAUGCCGCCAAAACAAUGCCAACCCACAUCUCAGAAUAGCAUUCUGAGAUGCUAUACUUCUCACCACAAUUGUACAGUGCGGUUAUCUGAGUUACUGUAGCCUGUUUAGUUCGAACUAGUCUGGCCAUUCUCUGUUGACCUUUCUCAUCAACAAGGCAUUUCUGUCCACACAACUGCCACUCACUAGAUGUUUUUUUGUUUUUGCCACCAUUCAGAGUAAAUUCUUGAGACUGUUGUGCGUGAAAAUCCCAGGAGAUCAACAGUUACAGAAAUACUCAAACCAGCCCAUCUGGCACCAACUAUCAUGCCACGGUCCAAAUCACUGAGAUAAAAAAAAACGUCCCAUUCUGAUGGUUGAUGUGAACAUUAACUGAAGCUCCUGACAUAUAUCUGCAUGAUUUUAUGCACUGCAAUGCUGCCACACGAAUGGCUGAUUAGAUAAUCUCAUGGAUGAUUGUUGGUGCCAGGCGGGCUGGUUUGAGUAUUUCUGUAACUGCUGAUCUCCUGGGAUUUUCAUGCACAACAGUCUCUAGAAUUUAUUCCGAAUGGUGACAACAAAAAAAAAAAACAUCCAGCGAGCAGCAGUUCCGCGGACGGAAAUGCCUUGUUGAUGAGAGAAAUCAAUAGAGAAUGGCCAGACUGGUUCAAAUUGACAAAGUCUAUGGUAACUCAGAUAACCACUCUGAGAUGUGGGUUGGCGCUAUUUUGGCGGUACAAGGGGGAUCUACACAAUAUUAGGCAGAUAGUUUUAAUGUUGUGGCUGAUCGGUGUAUAAAUGUUUUUACAUGAAAAAAAUUUUCCCAUGUAACUUCGAUGUCUGAGAAAAGAUCAUUUUUCUUUUUUUUUUUUUUGGGCUUUCUUUCGUCUGUUAAAAAGUUUUCUGUCACCAUAAAUGUUAUGUCUAUGAUGGCCGAGGGGUGCACAAAACAACCAAAUUAUCAAAAAACCUGAAAACACAACGGAAAUAACCCACAACACAACAAAAUUAAACCACAAAACAAUGGGAAAACCACAACACAACAGAAAUAACCCAUAACUCAUCGAAAUUAAGCCACAACACAACGGAAAAACCACAACACAAUGGAAAAAGGCCACAACACAACAAAAUUAAGCCACAGAUCAAUGGAAAUAAGUUACAACAUGACAAAAUAAGACACAACACAACCAAAGUAUCAGAAAAGAAAUAGUUAUAAAAACGCUGUUAUUAUUUGUCCUUAAGUGAUCUGGCCAGUACCUGGUUGGGUUUCUACCAGAACUCUUAAUGCACAUAACUUCAUCAAUAUUUGCUUGAAUCCAUACCAGGCAAUGAUGCGAAAAUGACGUCACAGUGCCUGCAGCUAUUCUUACAUAUCGCCAGCUCUUAUAAUGUGUCUCACAAAAAAUGGGCUGUAUGCAGGCUGUUGCCCUAGCUCGGACAACGAACUAAGUGUUCCCCUGAAAUCUUUUAGUGACUUGCAGUGGGAUGAGCAGCUCCCAGCGUCUUUCGAGCAUUCUCAUGAUCUCUCGUGCAUUGAAUCAGACUGCCACACAACUUAAAAUACAUUGAAAAAUAUUCAUUUUGUGUUGAUUUCUCUGUGCUGUGGCUUCUAUAUAUUUGUGUUGUUGCUUUAAUUCAUUGUGUUGUGGCUUAUUUCCAUUGUAUUUUCUUCUAUUUGGUUUGCUAAUUUGGUUGUGUUGUGCACUUCUCGGCCACUGUAAUUGUCACAUAACUAAAUGCACUGUAUUUGUGGGAGGAAAAUGCAGUUGUGUAAGUUUUUACACAACUACUAUUGUAAAUUUUUUAAAGAUGUUUCAGAUGUGUUACAUAAUUUCAUGCGUUUUAAGUUUUGAUAUACUGUAUGUUGAAACUAUUUGAAAAUAUAUUUGCACACCUUCCAUUGUAUUGCAUUGUUUUUGCUUUUAAAACAGUAUAUUUGUUGAUAAGCUUCCUGAAAACCAACUCAGAAUUGUAAUUUGAGGAUAAUUUGAUUUUAAUUUCCAGCUUGAUAAAGAUCAUUAGGGCCCAAGCACUGAAUGUGUGGAGACCCUAUUGUUCAUCUAAGGAUUAUUAUUAUUAUUAUGGCCCAAGCACUGAAAGUACGGAGACCCUAUUGUUCUUCUAAGGAUUAUUAUUAUUAUUCCUUUCAAGGUUUUCUGUAAUUUUGGGUUACUUAACGUGCAUGAAAACUCUGCCAAUAGGGCUGGGCAAAGUUGCAGGGGGAGCUCUGUAGCACCCCCUUGAAAAUGGGCAUGUAAGGGGGGCCCUGUAACACCACCAUUUUCAACUACAGUCACCAAAAUUGGUACAUAUAUAGUUCUCAUAAAGCCGAACAACUUUCAUACUCACAGUCAUUAGCUCCGCUCAACAGGAAGUUGGCCAUUUUGGAUUUUCUGAAAAUCGCAGACUCUGAACUUUUAAAUACUCCUCCUAUGGCUGUGGUUCCCAAGCUUUUUACGGUGGCAUACCUCUCCAAACAUUCAACAUCCUUUCGCGUACCCCCUCUCUAAUGCAUAGAUAACAUUCACACAAGGAAUUGAAAAUAUGUAUAUUUAACACAAUUAUCUUUGUAAAGCAACUUCCUUAUAUUAAACGUUAUAUUUGUACAUGUCUUGUACAUGUUAUAUGAAUCAUUUACAUACUGAAUGAAUGGCUUACCAAUU